AUGUCGCUUGGAUUGCUUGGAUCAAAGUCCCCCGCACCCUGCUCUUCCCUCGACCAAAAAUUGGUGGGGCGCGUCUUCGUGGAUGAGACGACUUAUAAUACGAGUGAACUUCCCACUGAUUUUAAUCAGGACGAGUGGGAAAGUGCAGCUCUGCAGAACGCGUCUACUCGCUGCAACGGCUUGCUGCCGCUGUGGGGACCGCACGUACCCGAGUCUGCGUUCGCCAGCUGCCUCGCGAGACACACCACCUAUCUUCAGGAAUGCACCGGUCACCGCGACAUCGGCCACACGUGCACACUACAUGAUCUGAAGCUUCUGUUGCUUCGCUUCGCGCGCGGACGCACCUUCCACGACGACACCGGCGGCGGCGGGCCGCUGUCCAACAUGCAGCUCGUGCCCGCGCUCGUUCAUAUGGCGCUCUACGUCAUCAACACGAGCCGCGUGGCGACGCGUGAGAUGUCGGCCCUGGAGGCGGCGCUGGGCUGGGCUCCGGCGCGGUUGUUAGAGGCGGCGCACGACGCCGAGGGCCCGCUCUACUACGUCACGCUCGCGCUCGCGCUCUACCCGCACGCCAAAUGGAAGUCGAUCCGCCUGGCCAUGCUGAAAAGCGUGCUGGUGAUCGCGCACGCGCGCGCCGUGUGCCCGGGCGGGCCGGCGCUGAGGGCGCUCGCACCGGAGCAGCGGCCGGCGCGCGCCUGGCCCGACUACAAGCCCUACGCGCUGUUUGUGGCCAUCGUGGACCUGCUGUACAACGUUAUGUUCAAGAACGUGCACGCAACAACAGUCGAGCAAUGGCCGGUAAAGUUAGCCGAAUACAUCCGCCACAACGACGAGGCUAACGCGAAAGCGGCCGAACGCAUCGUCACCACUCUCACCGACGAGCUUCUCCCUUGCGCGUCAUUCGCCGAGUUCUGCGACGCGGCCGGGUUCUUAGAAGAAAUUCCAGAGCCCGACGCCUUCCUUCAGGCAACCCUCGACGAGAUGCCGUGAGGCCGGCCGUUCGUCCCGCACUGCCUUCCGUACGACGGAUGUAUGGCUUGCUAACUUAUUCGACUACACGGGAAAAAACGUAUAGAAACAAGUAACAAUCUCAAUACUAUCUAGCAAUCACUUUAUCUAGAAACUUUUAAAGAUUCUGUCAAUUACCAACAUGAACGAAAAGAGAAUGUAACUUGAUUCUAUAGCACUCAAAUGCGUACACAAAGGCGAGACGUCUAACGAUGGUGCUACGGGUUAGCCGUUAUACAGCUUUGCGCGAUCGAAAAAAUUGCGCUGAAAUCACACCUCCCAAUUAAUAUCACCAAUUUGACCGCUAAACAAGUUAGUGCUAUCGUAAAACGGAAGUGCCCGUCAUUGAAUACGCAUUUGUCAGCAUGUCAAUGACAUGAGCAUAUUUUAAAUUGAUUCGUCGAUUGAAAUAUACUCCAGUUCACAUGUCUAUUCGAGUCAUGUACGCAAGACUGGGUAGAUGAGUGAUCAAGUCACCUGUGUAGUUAGAAAUAGUUUGGCUUGUCAUAGCUCCGUUCGAGGCAACCUGAGACGAACCGGCGACGCAUCCCUUUCACUGCUGUGGGUCAAGGCCCCGUUAAAUGAACCACAUUAAUAAAUGUCACGUAACAAUGUUUAAAUUUAAUCCACUAUAGCAUCGUAGAAAACUGUAUUCAACGUCGUCAAGUAUUUAUUCUAUUUGGUAUCGAAUUGUAACCGCUUUCAUUUGUUUGAAUUAAUUAAUAAAUAGUCACUGCUUUCGAA